AUGGACCUGCGACUCUUGGUCACCGCGCUUCUGUUGGCUUGCAACGCCGGCUAUCUGAUCUGGAAAGCCAAAACUAACCCAAAAGGUCGCUCCUCGUUGACAAGAGGAUGGACAGAUGGACCAGAGACUCCUGUAAAUGAGAUAACCAUAAGAGGAGCGCAAAAGAGUGCGGAACGAGGUACCGAUGGGUUACGAAGCUCUCUGAAGAGUGAUUCUGAGAAGCCUCGUAAUAAGCUGGAAAGAAGGGAUUCCAAAAAGACAGUCAGAUUCGAUCGUGAUCAAGAAUCAGAGGCAGAGGCAGAGGUCGAGGACAUGGUGGGCCUCGAUAUACAGCUGUCUGAACCUCUGUCGGGGCGGAUCAGCGAGACGAACUUGACAUCAAUGGGCCAUGGCAUGCGGGUCCAUCUGCUGAAGAGCGUCAUAGGUCCCAACCCAGAGGACACCUUUGAAUCGAUUCAGAUCAACCUUUCGGAGCUUCCUUACCCCCGAUCACGCCAGUCCGCUAAGCAGGACAAGGCAACAGCCGACAGGUUGUUGGGCGAUACGGCGCGGUUGGUGUUAGACCUCCGCGAGCUUGAGGUCGACCUGACGAUACGCCCGGCUUCAACUUCAGCCGAUGGUGAGGGAGGCGGGACGAGUGUGAAGGAAUGGAUUCAAGCCAGCGAUACGUUUGCUAGCUCUGACAAGGUAGCUACAGAUGUUCCCGAAGCCAUGCUUCCUAUGAUAGGCCUCGUAGAUUCGGUCGCAGAAGCCGAGAAGCAGAACGAGGUUCAUCUGAGCCAGCUACUGGCCAUCUUGAAACCGUCGAGGGUCAAAUUGACGGAGAUCUGUCUUGCGGAAGACGCCGACGUCAAGACGUUGUCGGAUCCACCUGGACCUACGUUCAUCGAUCCUUCCAGACCCCUCGUAUAUACCGGAAAAAUGCCGAUAGUCAUCGCGGGCAAUGAUUAUUUCACGAGACCCAACCAGGUUCUCAACUAUCUCGAGAUCGGCCCUUGGAUCCCCGUGAGCGAUCGAUGCGAGACGGAAUACAAAUUCGUCUGUUCACGGUGGCAGAUCCGGGUAUUGGCCAUCAGGGUAGCCUGGCCGGACAAGAAACUCCUUAAACGAUCCAGCAGUAUACCCUUGCCGGAGAUCCUUUGGGAUCGGACGAUGGGGUUUUCAGCAAUGAUCGAUAGGCAGAUCGGGGCCACGGUUUCAGGUUCAGAAGAAUCUGUAAAGACUCGAAUAGUCUUGAUCCUCGACCGGGCCAAGCACGCUGCAAAGAUCGCUGACGAACUCGACAGACUAGCCUAUGAGGAGGGCAAAGCGAGUCUGCUUCGCGGAUCAAGCGACACGAAAUCGCACCUCAAGGCGUUCAAGGAGAUGGUCUACUUUGUCUGUCCUCAGACGAGCCAAGAGGUGAAACACAUAUUUUCCGUGCACAGCAAAAAGAAAAAGAAGGACAAGGCGAAUAUCACCCCCAAACAGCAAUCAGCUGAUGGGGGCAAGGUGGUCGACCUGCCGCCUCUCGAGCCGAGUCCAAAAAGCAAGGCUUGA